AUGACUCUCGAGAGAGAGAGAGUGGAAGAGACAGAAAGAGAAAGAGAGAAAAAUACACAGAGAGAGAGGGAGAGAAGAAGAGAUAUUAGAUAUAGAGAGAGAUGGUUAUGGGGAAGUGUAUACAGGAUGAGGGUGAGACAGGGAGAGGAAGAAACAGACGGAAGAGACAGACGGAAGGAGGCAUACAGGAAAGAAGAGAGAGGGCGAGGGGCAGAGGAGAACAGGGAAAGGAAAGAAAUGGGUAUAAAGUGCGAGAGAGAGAGAGAGAGAGAGAGAGAGAGAGAGAGAGAGUGUGUGUGUGUGUGCAAGAGAAAGAGACGACACACGAAGGAACAAAACACACGCGCUGCCGCGAGCCCCUGGGCCCGGGCGCGAUGCAAGGCGUGGUGCGGCGGGUGGCGGCGCGACGGUGGCCGCCCACUUGAUGACGUUGCCGGCGUCGGGGGCGCCGCGGAUGCCGGUAACCCGCCGUCAGACAUCUUGUGCCAUGGAGGAAGGAAAGAGUGCCCAGGAAGCGUUCCCGCCCGCGCCGCCGCGGCGCUCUCGGCUCGACCGCUGUGCCUCGUCGAGCGCCCCCCGGUGAACGCUUGGCCGCGCGCGUGUGUGUGUGUGUGUGUGCGCGCGCGCGCGUGCGUGCGUGAACGCGCGGGUAACGGGUUACCGACCCCUCGCCCACGACAUCGACGCCGCGAGAAGGAGAGCGGGCGAGAGCGGGUGAAAGCGGGAAGAGAGCGGAUUGAAGUAGCAGAGAGCUCAAAGAGGGCAGUUGUGAGGAGUAGGAGAGACGGAAGAUCGGAAGUGAGUGGGUUUAAUGAGAUAGAGAGCAAGGCCGCACAGAGCAGUAAAAAGAGCGGGUUGAGAGCAGCAAUUAGCGAUACAAAGCAGGAAGAUAGUAUGCGGAGAUCAGGAAGAAUAGGGCGAGUAAAGAAAAGGGGUAGAUCAGCAGGUACGAUGGAAGGUAUAGAACAGAAAGAACGGAUAGUGAACGCUCAAGCUCGUAGAAAAUGGAAAGGGAACGUAAGAGCAGAAGGAGAAGUGAGUAGAGAGCGAAAAGAGGCAGUAGAGAGCGGCGAUCAAACCGGUUCGUUAGCGGGGGCGCGUCGGCCGUCGCGAGGCUGCCCGCAACCCCCUGCCAGCCGCCUUGGAUCGGAUGAUCUUGAGGAAGAGUACGGGCGUCAUGGGGCCGGCGCGGGCGGGUCACUCGCUCAAAUGUCACACGCACGCACGCACGCACACGCUCUCCGCGGGCGGGCGCCCCGGCGACCGCGAGCGCCGCAAAUGCCACGCACGGACGUUCCUACUUGCGAGGGUGUGGUUGCACCGGCGGCGGUGAGCGGAGCCGCGGGGGCGGCGACACGGACCGUCCGGCGGGCGACGGCCCGGACCGGCAUGGCGCUGACGGGGCGUGUGCCCAUCCCCCGGUCACCGGGGCGCUAUCCCUCUCUCUCUCUCUCACUCUCUCCCAAACACACACACACACACACAAUCGCAGCCGGGGAAAGCGAAUCGCUCAGCACAGCCAGCGGAGGCGAGGGAACGGAUUCACACAAACAUGGCGUACCCCAAGGUCCUCAUACUAAACGGAAAUUUUACUACUGGAACACACACACACACACGCGCGCGCGCGGGAAAACGAAUGAGCGGCACGCCGCCGCGCAUUCACGCCCCGGCGCCGAACGCGAACCCCGCCGACCGCGGCGACGUAUCGACUGGCCGCGGCGCCGGGCGAGCACUAUUCACACCGUCACACGGCCUGGCGGGAGUUGGUGUCACCUGGCGGUAGGGAGUCACCGGGACGUCGGUCCGCGGCGCGAUGCUGCAACGGGCGCUUUAACGGACGAGGACGAUCGUUGGCGUCCGCGCCGCACACGGUGCGGCUUGCGUCUCAUUCUCCGGUCGUCCGCGGCGCCCGCUCACCAACACCACUCACACAUCACCAGCGCGCCGCGCGCGGGAGACCAGUCGCGUUCGCUGGCUGCGACACCCACGCACUGCCUCGCCGCCGCCGCCCGCCGCCCUCGCCCGCGCCCGCGCCAGGGUCGCCCGGCCGCCGCCGCGCCGCGGACGCUUCGAUCGCACGCAGCCCGGCGCAAUGUGCGCCCCGCGCGGCGGCGCGGCGAGGCGCCAGCCCCUCCCCCCCCCCCCCUGGGGGGAGAGCGGCUGUCCGGCGGUGAUCUGAUCAGAAGUGUGACGGGUGGUUCUGGAGCGGAAGGUCUUCAUGGGAAGAGAACGAUUAUUACUAUAGAAUGUGUGAGUGUGAAGGGGACCUCCUUGGUGGGUCAAAGUGAAGGGCGUGAUGGGUGUAUCUGGAACGGAAGGUCGUCACGGGAAAAGGAGCAUUAUUAUUAUAGAAUGUGUGAGUGUGAAGGAUGGGUCAGUGUAAACGGAGGGGCGGGUGAAUGUGUUGGGUCAGUGCAAAGGAAGGAACAGAUGGAUCUGGAUCAGAAGGGAAGGACGGAAGCAUUUGAUCGAAAAGGUGUUGUAAGGGUGAAGGGGUGCCAGUGUGAAGAAAUGAACGAGUUGAUUCGGACGAAGAUUGCAAUGACUGGUGUGAGUGGUAAAGUGGUGGAAGAAACGAAGUGUAAACACUUCCCAGUGAGUAGGUGUGUGUGUGUGUGUGUGUGUGUGUGUGUGUGUGCGUGCGUGGGUGAGAAGGACGCGCGCCGCUCGAAGAUAACGCAGACCGUUAGGGGAGCGUUUCUCAAUGGAGAGGGAGAGAGACAGAGAGAGACAGAUCGAUCGCCAGAGCAGAUCGAUCGCCAGAGCAGACCGAUCGCCAGAGCAGACCGAUCGCCCGAGCAGACCGAUCGCCAGAGCAGGUUAAUCCUGAACCGAUCGGAGGCAGAUCUGACGAAAUGGGAUAAAAGGACAGCAAGGAACCAGCGAAUCAGAAUAUAA